GGAAGGCCAUUCUAUUCAUUCUAUUUCUGUGGUUCAGACAGAUUGGUGGCUAGUCAGUUUGGGUUGGUAUGCAAUGUAUGAUUAGCAUAGAUACAUACAUACAUUUCCGAAUCGAAGGAUUCAUUGCUUCGCCAACAUGUUUGUUUUAUAAAUUUGCUUGAACGUUUACCGCCUGACCUGGAAUCAGUCGUAUUGUAAAAAUGAGGCAUUUUAAGAAUCCAAGCUAGCUGGCUAGCUAGCUUUCCAUCUUGUAAACUCAAUAUGCUUUGCUAGCGUAACGUUAGCCAAUUUGCUAUCUAACCGUUAGCGGACUAAUCGUGUAAACGUAAAUUAUUUUGGUUUGCUAGCUAACGUUACAUUUUAUUGAUGUGAUAACGUUAGCUGGCAAGGUGUCCUGUAGUUUGUCCAUCUGUCUUCCUAAACCUAGCUAACGUUAGUUUACCAGCUUCCGCUUUAUUCCUUUAACUAUCGUUUUGUUUACUGGAUUUGACGUAACAUUAGCUGGCACUGGCUAGUAACUGCAAGAUAUGGCCACUGCCUCUAGCUCCUGUGUGGGGAGAAAUGUGUCUAGAAAUGGACCCUCUGUCUCGACCCCGACCUCGGGAGCACCUGGACAAUCACAGCCUAUGGUCGUUGUAUGGGAAUGGCAGGAUGAUCUUGGCGUCUGGCGGCCAUACAGUGGCCAGGUGAGCGGCUACAUAGAACAAUGUUUCUCUUCUCCGCGGGGACACAGAGGUGGGAGUCCUGGCUCCACCAGUAUCUGGCUCGGACAAUCAGAUCCCAGUUUGUCGCCUUAUCUUAUAGACAUACCAAGCUUGAAGCAGUUCCGCCAAGAUACAGGGAAAACGCGGUCUGUACGCCGUCAAUUGUUUGCCCAGUCCUCAGGCUUGGGUAGCGGAGUAUAUUGGGAGUGGGUGAAUGACGAAGGAGGAUGGACUCCAUACGAGACUCGCACUUCUAUCCUACUAGAACACAGCUACCAGGCACGGCAGGCCACGGCGGACAUUGUCUCACACGGCUAUAACUACAUAGUGGACCUCACGGCGCUGGCCCAGGUCAACAAGGCCACGGGCUACCGGCGGCAGGUACGACGGCAGGGUAACCUCCCCUACCCACUGGCAUCUGGUGCAUCCGUCAUCCACUCGGGCCCGGCCUGCUCCUGCCAGCAGUGUCUGAGCCACAGCAGCACUGGCCCCAUGACCAGCCGCUCGCGCCACUCCUUCUCGUCGGGGCAGCUUAGCCGGCCUAGCCUCCAGGUCCCUAGCAGGGCGACUGGAGCUCACCCCACCUCAGUAUACUCACCCUACCCCAGGAGGCCUCUUUCUGUGGGGGGUAUGGCGUGGGGAGGCCCCUGGCCACUGGCACCCUCCGCUAGUCAACUCCCUGGAGCUCAACUGGCCUUCUCCACCAGUGCCAAUGGCUUAAGUAUCCCCGCCAUUCCUGUGCAACUGAAUGGAUCCACCAGUGUGAGCUCAGCCCUGGCAGUCCCGGCCCAGAAACCAGAGGAUGUCAUUCACCGCUACAUGGAGGAAGUGGCCUCUGCUCAAGACGAGGACUGCAUCAUCUGUAUGGACCGGCUGUCUUGUCCGUCGGAUUAUGACGUGGCGUCUGAGGGAGCCCAGUCCAUCCAGCCUGGCGCCGUGGGCAAGUUCAAGUGUGGACACUCCCUGCACAUGCUCUGCAUGCUGGCCAUGUACAACAAUGGUACCAAGGAUGGCAGCCUCCAGUGCCCCUCAUGCAAGACAAUCUACGGGGAGAAGACUGGGACGCAGCCCAAGGGGAAGAUGGAGAUCUAUAGUAUCUCCCAGUCCCUCCCUGGCCACCCCGACUGUGGAACUAUCCAGAUAAUUUACAGCAUCACCCAUGGGAUACAGGGUCCAGAGCACCCUAAUCCCGGGCAGUCGUACACCUCUAGAGGCUUCCCUCGCUUCUGCUUCCUCCCAGACAACAAAAAGGGCAGAAAGGUGCUGGAGCUGCUGAAGGUGGCUUGGACACGGCGCCUCAUUUUUACGGUGGGAACGUCCAGCACCACGGGCGAGCCCGAUACGGUGGUGUGGAAUGAGAUCCACCACAAGACGGAGAUGAUGUCCAACGUGUCGGGCCAUGGCUACCCGGACCCCAACUACCUGGACAACGUGCUGUCCGAGCUGGCCUCCCAGGGGGUGACCGACGACUGCCUCCUCAGACAGGAGGGCCCCAGCCAGGGAGGAGCGUCAAACUCUAGACUGUGAAAACUGACCUUGAAUCAGUUACUGAAAUCUGGUUAUGGCUAGGGAGCAUCCCACUGUGAAACUGACCGUGAAUCACUUUCCUUGUAAUGUCACAACUUCAACAUAGAGAACAUAAGGGAUAAACCAAGUAUUCACAUUCCCACCUGGAUGUGUUUUUAUUAAGUAUUCAAUGCAAAGCGUAUGUCUAAGUGCAGUGUGCUGAAUACUGCACAUACUGAUAAUGUGGGGUUUGACUUGGACUUUAUUUGCCAUAGUAGUGCUCCAUCAGCUCUUGGUUUAGUCACCUAGGCUGUCUUUCAAAAGGAACCCUGUAUACAUCCCGAUAUACUUUUGUAGUUGUCUGUCUCUGUCUCUGUCUCACCUCUUGACAUGCACCAUGGAAAGUGCCAGCUCUCGCGGGGAAUAUAGAACAUCAGUAGCACUUUUAGUUUUGACAGUGCAUUUAAUUAACACAUGUUAAUUACCAGGUUAUGUGGUUGAUAGUUAAAAAAUAUAUAUUUUUUAAGUAAAUUAUGCAAAUAUUUUUUUUUUCUUUUUCUGUUGAGCAAUGUAGUUACCAAAUACACAGGCAUAUAACAAAAACAAAAUGGUAGCAAAGUGAGUACUUGUUUGAUUGUGUUAUAAUGGAGGAAAAACUUUUUUAUUGGGCAUUUUCAUUUUUGGCUGUAAUGAAAGCACAGUAAAGGAACAGAUUUGCCUGUAAAUGCCAGUUAUAUUAGAAGCAUAACCCGUAAGAGAAACUUCUCACUUUG